AUGGCUGCAGAGAUGAGGUGGAUAAAUGUGGGGAUGGGGACAAUGGGGCCGGGGAGGGGACGAAGGCUUCUCUCACUGCCCUCCAUAGCCACCAUGGGCUGCUGCUGCAGCUCAGACUAUGAUGAGGACUGGAUUGAGAACAUCGACAUCUGCGAGCACUGCAACUACCCCAUCGACCCCGACAGCAAGCGCCAGCUGAUCCGCAACGGCUCUGAGGUGCGGGAUCCCCUGGUGUCCUACGAGGCCACGUCUCCGCCGUGCUCCCCACUCCAAGGUACAGCCUGGCCACGGGGGGGACUGCUGGGUGUCCCCCACGGCCACCUCCACCCUGACCCCGCGCUCUCCCCAGACAAGCUCGUGGUGGCCCUGUAUGACUAUGAACCCACUCACGAUGGGGACCUGGGACUUAAGCAGGGCGAGAAGCUGCGCGUCCUGGAAGAGAGCGGGGAGUGGUGGAAGGCGCAGUCGCUCACCACAGGCCAGGAGGGUUUGAUCCCCCACAACUUCGUGGCCAUGGUGAACAGCCUGGAGCCGGAGCCGUGGUUCUUCAAAAACAUCAGCCGCAAGGACGCAGAGCGGCAGCUGCUGGCAUCGGGCAACACGCAUGGCUCCUUCCUCAUCCGGGAGAGCGAGACGUCCAAAGGCUCCUACUCGCUGUCAGUGAGGGACUUCGACCAGAACCAGGGCGAGACGGUGAAGCACUACAAGAUUCGCAACAUGGACAGCGGCGGGUACUACAUCUCUCCGCGGGUCACCUUCAGCAGCCUGCACGAGCUGGUGGAGUAUUACUCAAGCAGCUCGGAUGGGCUGUGCACCCGCCUCGGCAAGCCCUGCCGGACACAGAAGCCGCAGAAGCCGUGGUGGCAGGAUGAGUGGGAGGUGCCACGAGAGUCACUGAAGCUGGUGGAGAAGCUGGGAGCCGGGCAGUUUGGAGAAGUCUGGAUGGGUUUCUACAAUGGCCACACCAAGGUAGCCAUCAAGAAUCUGAAGCAGGGCAGCAUGUCCCCCAGCGCCUUCCUGGCAGAGGCCAACCUGAUGAAGAACCUGCAGCACCCACGGCUGGUGCGGCUCUAUGCCGUGGUGACCAAGGAGCCCAUCUACAUCAUCACAGAGUACAUGGAGAAGGGCAGCCUGGUGGACUUCCUCAAGACCUCAGAGGGCAUCAAGCUCAGCAUCAACAAACUGCUGGACAUGGCUGCACAGAUUGCCGAAGGCAUGGCCUUCAUCGAAGCCAAGAACUACAUCCACCGUGACCUGCGGGCUGCCAACAUCCUGGUGUCGGAGGCUCUGUGCUGCAAAAUCGCCGACUUCGGGCUGGCGCGCCUCAUUGAGGACAACGAGUACACAGCACGAGAAGGGGCUAAAUUCCCCAUUAAGUGGACGGCACCGGAGGCUAUUAAUUAUGGCACGUUCACCAUCAAGUCUGAUGUCUGGUCCUUCGGCAUCCUGCUCACCGAAAUCGUUACCUACGGCCGGAUCCCGUAUCCAGGGAUGACCAACCCCGAGGUGAUCCAGAACCUGGAGCGCGGCUACCGCAUGCCCCAGCCAGACAACUGUCCGCGGGAGCUGUACGAACUGAUGAUGCAGUGCUGGAAGGAGCAGCCCGAGGAGCGGCCCACCUUCGAGUACAUGAAGAGCGUGCUGGAGGACUUCUUCACCGCCACCGAGGGACAAUACCAGCAGCAGCCGUGAGGCCCCACGCCGGGCACCCACAGACUCCACGAGCAUCCCGCGAGCACCGCCCGGCAGCGAAGACGCUGUGCUUCCCACAGAGCCUUGCCCCUGAACAGUGACAUCCUAACUGAAGCUGCGCGCUGCUGUCGCACAGCGCCGUGCCCACGGAUGUCAGCUCCUCGCCCUGCCCCACAGCCCCGCACACGGCACGGAGCUCCCAGCCCGGCGCAGCCCCUCACGGCCCGGGCGGGGCCUCAGGCAGAGCUCACGGUGCCCCUCGGAUGACAGCCACGGACCCAAGGCCCGCAGGGUUGGGGUCGCUGCCAACCGGGCCCGGUUCUCCCUGCUGCCGGUCCUCCUCGCAGUGGGGUAGGAAAGGCCUCGGACCCAGCGCGGGCCGCAGCCGCAGCCCCACACGGCCCAGGCUCGAGGGCUCGACGCCCUUCCCGUCCCAGCGCUUCGAAGCCCCGUGCU